AUGGCCUACUCUCCCCGCGCUCAAUCUCCUGGCACUGGCUCCGCCUACCCUGUUGGCACCCUUCCUCGCGGUCGAUCCGCCAGUCCAGGGGCUGCUGCUACAGGCCCAAUUUCAAAGCGCGACAAGCGCCGCUCCGCUCUACAGGACCGCCUUCAAGAUUUGACUGCUACAUUUUGUCAGAACCGCGAUGCACAGUUUCGCCAGCAGUUACACUCCCUGCAAUGUGAUAUGACUCUGAUCAACAAUGCCGAUCCCUACGUGGAUGGUCCGCUGGCGGACUCCUCGGAGGACAUCGCGCACCUUAUUGAAGAUACUGUCGGAGGAGGCAAGUUUGCAAAGGAGAUGGCUAGCCUGUCCGGCACUUGGUAUGCCAAGUUUGUUCAUGAUGUCAACAACAUUAAAGAAAAGCGCGAUGCCGAAUUGGCACAGCUUAUGCACCGUCACGAGAACAGCCUCGAGCGACACCGCCGUGAAUAUGAAUACCGCGUACAUUUUGGCAUGGAGGAGUUCAAGCAAAUGUCCAGCACCCUCCGAGAGCGUCUGAUGCAAAGCCUCGACGCGUCACGCGAACGCCUGCGCAAGGAGCAGGUCGAUAUCGCCGACAUCAAUGCCGCUACAUUCCAUCCCAACCAGUACAGUGUCACCAACCCUACCGCCAGUCCCGGAGGCAUACAGAGCAACCGCAAGACCCGUCACACCCGUCACCGCGUGGAUAUGGAUGACCUUGGCAACGGAAUCACCGAGCUGAACAAGCGCAAGCGCAAAGCUCCAGACGGCGAUAACGGAUCUCCAGUACGAAACCCGACUGGUACCUCCAUGGCCGAGCGCACCAAAGCGCAGCUGAAGAAGCAAAAUGCCCCGGUCUACUCUAUCAACUCGCUCUUCACAGACAAGGAGCUUACCGCGCACGCCAAUGAUGCGCAUGUCGCUGCCCUCCACUUCUUCUCCACCUCCCGCCGCGCCGAGCAAGGCUCCGGCGCUAUCACCAACGGCAACAACACCGAUGCCGAAGAUACCCCCGAUGGCACAGGCCACGAGGACAACGGGACCCCGAGCGCUACCGACAUGGUCCGGACCGCAAGCCACAACUUCCAUGCAACGCGGUCUACGCGCACAACAGCUGCGCAAAGCGCUCUCAGCGCUCUGACGGACCUGUCAGACAAGCCGGCCCGACGCCCAGCACUGCCAUAUCAUGUGCUGUCGGGGUACACCGCCCGAGGAAACGGGCCCGCGCCAACCCUGGCCCCCCUCCUCAACGAGGAGGUCGAUGAGGACUUGGCUCGUAUGGAGCGGCUGCACAAUCAGCCCUCCGGGUGGAUCGAUUCCGCCCUCAUUCAGAUGGUGACGGCGCCCCUGCCGACAGAGCAGGAAAAUGGCCACGCGCCAAACCCUGACCGCUUCUCUGCGGUUCACCCUGACUUCCCCGCCGGCCUGAUGCAGAUGCAUCAGUUACGCCCACAGGCCGGAGAGCAGAUGUUUGCGACCGGUGGGGAGGGUGGCCGCAGCAGUAAGCGGUCCCGCCAUCACUAG